UCUUUCGGGUGGCAGCGGGGACGUUCAAUGGCAUUUCCCCGUUCUCGCCCCCCAGCCAAACCCGGUGGAUGAGUCAAAGCUGGCUAAAUCAUGCAGGCGCCUUUCGAAACGUGUGUAUAUAAUACAUCACAGCCCGAGCCUCCGCGAUCCCGCGAGACACGAGCUCGCUCAUUUGCAUACACUGGUGGGUUGAAAGCAUCAAUCUCUCAGUGCGACCAUCGAUUGGCUCUCUCACGUCUCUAUCUCGAAUACAUACGUUCUGUGACUGGCUACAGCGCAGGACAGCCACUGGGCUUCCGUCGAUAACGUAACCUCCUCGAAAUGCUUCGGUCUACUUCGGUACAUCCCGAGGCACAGGUCGAAACAACUCAACGGCUUAUUUCGGGAAGGUGUAAUAUCCCAGAGAGACCCCUCUUUUUGGUGAAGAAAACUCACAGCUGUAAGACUCCUCAAUGGCACCAUGGACCCGCAAUUCUCUCCAUGCUGCGACCAAAGAGACCCAGACAAGUCCCACGCCUUCUAUUUCCGACUGAUUGUUUACCUUCGCAUAUUUCAGGCAUCCUGAUCAAUGGGAUCAAAGUAAAACGACAUCAAACGUCUGACUGACGUGCAAUGGUUCAUAUCUGCAUACCCAGGGGCAGUCGUCAAAAACAAGAAUGUUCCUUUCGGACGCCAUUCGCCGAAAGUUCCUGCGAGGAGAACUUGUGAAAAAACUACUGUAUACAUUGAUGACUUACGAAAGAUCGCUCAGUGCAAUAUCACGGGUAUGACCUGCACGGAGAGAACAAGAUGGGGUGCAUCACACGCUUCGGUCAUAUGCACAUCACGACGUCCGUACCUCCAUCGACAAGCAUCAAGUCGCAUGUGACGUCUGGGUGCGUCCGAUGAAAUUCCGGGACCGUAAUCCUGGAGUCCCCGAAAGCUAACGUGAAUCGAUGGCCGUAACGCUUUGCAAAGAGUUCUGUACAUAGAGAUGUAAAGAUGAAGAUGCAAAACGCGCCAGGUGAUUACCUGCCACUUUGCGAGUAUAUGGAUGCCGUCCUAUGUCAAAAGAUACCACACGAGCCUUUUGGUUGCUCGUCAGCCUGCAGAAAGACAAACACUCGCAGACGCAUGCCUUUUCCAACAACGGAUAGGCAACAUGUGCAGCUUAUCACAUGUAGCUCGAAUGCCCGGUAUUGAAACCUUCGUGACAUAAUAUCGCGAUUGAUUUCAUUGAUUCAUUUUGUUGAGGCAACGGAUUUGCAUUCGUGUUUAACGCACCGAUCUCACAAAUAGUCUUCACGAAUGGGAGUGAAGCCAAAUCGACGAACCUGACCAGUCAGACAGGAGCCGUACAGCAUGGCCAGCCGUCUGUCAUUCGGCCAGCUCACGUCCGGACUUGCUGGGCAAUUUGAAAACAUCCUCCUGAGUGAGAGACACGACUGAAAGCAACUCAUGACCUCGACUUCCUCUUGUCUCUUCCCUUCGAGCGCAUGAGAGUAGGGUUGCAGUGUGUCUUGCAUGUCGUGGUACAGCUUCAUGUUUGGAGUAGGCGUGAAAACGCAAAUGAAGAAGACACGAAGCUCAUACACUGCCAGCGCGCUUAUGUACUGUCAUACCGUCGCAUCCAGCGAACUGAGCAGAUCUUCUGGAGGAGGUAACUUGCCGUUGAUACCUUUGAUGAACUGUUUACAGUCUGGCGAAACGCCGCUGCGUAUCGACUGCAGGAAGGAAGCAACGAUAUGCCUGCCGUGUGAACACGUGGCCGGGUUCUUUCUCUAUUCUUUGACCUCGAUGAAACUCUCCGGCAAAAGUGUUUGAUUCAUGGGAAGAACGUCAUCUGCCUGGCACUGGCCGACCGAGAAGAAACCUGGAUGAAAACAAGAUCGCACAUCGCAUCGUGACGCCAAGGAUCACACACUGGCUGCCGUCCAUCUAUCGUCGGGGCACCGACGGAUUCUUCUGCCGUCUUAUUCGUCUGGUAGCCGAUGCCACCGUGCUUGGAACGAGGGCUGAUGGUGGAGAUAUCCCUAUCAUCAGAAACGCUUCUUACCUUCGAGUGUCCCAAGCGAAUCGCCGCGCCAGAGCACAGAGUAGCUGCGAGGACGAUGGCGACAGAAAACAGCAGCAGCUGGCCUAUCCUCGCUACUCGACUCAUCUUUACUGGUUUCAAGU